AUGCUGUCUAUAUUUCUCACCCGGAUCUUUCUUCUGUUCGCCAUUUUCAACGGGACUGUCUUCGCAAAAAAAGGCGGAGGGUCCGACAGUGACGGCGACAGCAAUGGCAGCAGCAGCGGGAGCAGCAGUGGAAGCGAGGAUGGGAACAGCGACAGUGACAAUAGCAGCGGCGGGACCGGCAGCUCACGAUGCGGAAAUGAACCCUUAAACAACGCUCUGAGUACAACAUAUCUUGUUCCCCGAAAUGCGUGGAACUGGACAUCCCAAAGCGGCGCGUACAGUACCGCCAAUCCAACAAUAUACGAUGGAUCAUACUUCCAGGGGGAAGGGACUCUCUCCUACAACAUGACGGACGGAACACGAUGUGAGGAUACGAAGCAGCUUCGUAUAUUAGGGUAUGCAUGGAUAGGGCCACAACCGCCCUAUCCCAGAGGAGCUCAGAAUCCGUUUAUCAUCGGGUUCAAGGCGUGGCAAUCCGACAAGGCCCUUAGUGAGAUUUACACGGCCUAUGAUCAUAUCAAAUGGGAUGGAGAUGUGUGUCCCUCACAGCCGGAUCUCUUUCGCAUCGUCACAACCAGAAGUUCCGCUUCGAACGAUGAAACUUCGGAUACGAUGAAUUUGGACAUUUUUUCUAAUUCGACAUUGCCCGGUGCUGCUCAAUUCAAUGCCACAACUGCCACUGGUUUAAAUCCCCCAAUUAGUGACGACGUUGGCCUGUUUCGUCUCCGUGCAGGCACCUGUACUUCGUCUACCACGGACAUGCACUGGCCGGACACAACGUCUAUGAAAGGAUCUGUUACGAACACCACAAUGGAGCUCACAUUUUCUGGCUCUGUAGACAUGAAUUCAACCCAAUACCAACGCUACGGUGGCCGCAAUGAGGACCUCAAGGUUAACUUUAAAUUAACUUUCUCUGGGACAUUUGACAGCGUCAAUUCGACUCAUGCGGUGGAUAUCGGACCUGCCGAUCAGACUAUUGCGUGGGUACCUAAUACCGCUGGUUCUAUUUUCUCAGCUGGCUUGAGGUAUCUCUUGCUAUGGACGGCUUGCGUACAAAUUAUGACUUUAAAUUUGUGGUAG